UUCAAUUUGUGUCACAAAGACGUAUUGAUUUUCUUGGAAACUACAAAGUAUAAGACUGCAUUAGAAAAGCGUUGAUAUUGAUAUAAUCUUAAAUAAUAUUGACAAUAAAUCCUCUUCAAAAUGUCCAAAAUAAUGGAAGCGUUGGAACACUGCAAGGCAGCAGAAAAAUAUUUGAAGACGGGCUUGCUGAAGUGGAAGCCAGACUUUGACUCUGCUGCUGAUGAAUACAGUCAAGCAGCACAAUGCUACAGGAUUUCUCGCGAAAUGAAAAAGUCGAUGGAGUGCCACAUGAAAGCUUCGGAAUUGUAUGAAAAAAACCGUGCCUUUUUCCAUGCAGCUAAGGCUAUUGAGAACGCAAUCAUCGUUAGCAAGGAAUUGACGACACCUGAGGAAUUAUUCAACAUGGCGUGCAAUUCAAGUAACCUCUAUCAGCAACAUGGUUCAGGAGAUGCUGGUGCCAAUGUACUUGAUAAGGUUGCAAAAAUAAUUGAGGAGCGUACUCCGGAGUUGGCGAUCAAGCUGUUCCAGCAGGCAGCUGAUGUGUCUUCUAUGGAGAGCAGCCAACACCAAGGCACCGAGUAUAUCAGCAAGGCAUCUCGUCUCUUGGUAAAGUUGGAGCGUUUCGAUGAAGCAGUGGACAGUCUCCGACGUGAAAUCGGCUUCCACUUGGAAGGUGGACACACCGCUGCAGUGGGGAGGCUCACAGUGGCCAUUGUUAUGGUGCAGCUUGCCAGAGGUGAUGCGGUGGCUGCUGAAAAGGCCUAUAAGGAGUGGGGCAAUUACUGCGAAGUGCCUGAGAUGCAGACCCUCGAAAUGCUGCUACAAGCGUAUGAUGAAGAAGACAGGGAGGCGGCAAUCCGUGCGUUGGCAUCACCUUUCAUCCGCAGCAUGGAUGUAGAGUAUGCUAGGCUGGCCAACAGCAUACCGCUACCGGAGGGAAUAGAACCAGUUCAGAAGGCAGCGGUGAGGGAGAAUGCUGCACCUUCAUAUGUCAGCUCGGCUCCUGAUUCCGCAGAUAAUGAAAACGCAUACGAACCAGCGGAAGCACAAGACGCGGGCUUCUCGGAAGCGAAGAAGGCGGAAGACGACGAAGAUGACCUAUGCUAAAUAUCGGACAACUGUUACAUCAACUAUGGAAAUAUAUAUCGGGUAUUCUAUUAAUCACUUCACGUCCUAGCUACUUACUCUUCUUUCCCUCUUUUGUUAACGUAUUUUUGCGUUUUCGUAAGGUUCUCACCCCUCCUCCCCCGGAUAUAUGCAUUUUUAACUGUAUACAUGUACUCUCCCAAUUAUUUACAAAUAUUCUUCACCCAUUCCUGAAGUCCUGUGAUUAGUGGGUGAAAUCGAUCUGGCAGUAGAUAAGCUAAAGUUGUUUAUGGUAACCUAGGCAAUUGAUAAGAAUUGAAUAUACCAUUCUAGAUUCAAUUUACCAGCCUAAUUGAUGUAUAAAAUCCUGCUGAUUUAUAAGAAUGAAAGAAACAAAUUUGUUCGUUACUAGUACGAUCGUAAAGAGGUUCCUCUUAUUAUUGUUUUAUUUAUAAAUAGAUAACACAUUUAGUGGUGUAGGUUUAUUUUGUAUAAUUGUUAACAUGGUGGACUUAGAUCAAUGGUUCUAACAAAUUAUCAUUAGACUAUUGUCGUAACUUGGGCGCUACUAUCACAUCUUAAAGCAAAAGUAAUUCCAGUGGAAAAAGACAGCUAGAUAAGUCGUCUAUUGCCAUCACUUUUGCACACUGAAAUGCUCCAAAUUUAAGAUGUCAUGGUACCUGCCAUGCCACCUGAUCAUUCAAUGAGGUUAUAUUUUAUAAAUAUCAUUUACCAAUACUAAUCAAUAUUUAUAUAUGAAUAUCAUAAAAUGUGUUCGCAUUUAUUUUACUAAUUUAAAUAACUGUAUUCUUAAUGUGUCUUUGGGUGUUUGUUUUUACUUAAUAUUAGUACUGUAUUAGAUUUUUUGUAGUGUUAAUAAGGUCAUAAUUGUGUAUCAUAAAGUUGAAGGUGUUUUGAGAUUUUGGUAGAUAAUUUUGACCAAAAUUAUUUAAUGUUUUUUUGAAAUAUCUAUAAUUAUAUAUAUCUUACAUGUUAUGUAUAAUUUAAAUACUAAUAUUUCUAGAAUUGGCUUCAUAUCUGGUAGAAAUAUGUCAAUUCAUUAGAUUCGCUUAGAUAAUUCCAUGUUGACCGAUCGUCGUAAAUGUACCAUGGUAAAAUUUAGGAAUUUUAGAACAGAUUUUUGAAUGUCUAAAUAACUAUUCGAAAUUUAAAUGUUACGUCAUCUCAUAUCAUCUAAGGAGUGUUGAGAUGGAAGAGAUAUUUAAUAAAAGUAUGCGUAAUUAAUUUCUAAGCCAUAAUUAUUUUCGUUUUAUUUGAAGAAAGAAUAAUAAUUAACCAAUGUCGCAUUGAUUUAGCUCAAAUGAAUAAUAAUUACUUGGAUAAUUCCAUUGCCAUUCGGUUUUUUCUUGUCAGAUUAUUACUAUUAAAAAAAGCAUAUUCAACGAAAAUUUGUGAUUUGAGAAGAAAAUUUGAAGACAUUAAAUAUAUAAAAAUCAGUUUCAAUGUUAGAAGUUGACAAUUUUUAUACUUUUUUGUAGCAUGUAUAUAUAGUUUUAUGUAUAUUUUUUUGAUAGAAUGUUUAGUAGAGUAUUAAAAAAGAAAAUGUUAGACCCCCAUAUUUGCACACAUAAAAAAAUAUUAUUAGGGCAUGUUGUAAAGUCUAUGCUGAGAAGGAAUUUUUCAUUUAUUUAUUUUUACGUAUGAAUCGAAAUUGCUGUUAAAUUGUAAAUAGCUACGGGUUUUUGCUUUUAAAAAAUAUAUUUUAUUAGAUAAUUAUUAAUUGUGUAAAAUAUAUUAUCUUAUUUCUAUGUAAAAGCAAUACAAAGAUGACUGAAUUGUUGAUUUAUGAAUUAGGUAUUUAAGUGAUGUUUUAAAUAAUUAGUUAUAACCACUUUUUAGUGCUACACUAAGUUGGGUGAGAUGAUUGCUGUUAAGCGAAGUGACAGACUAAAUUGUAAAUUCCAAAUUCAAUUUAGAAUUAUUUAAUUGCAUGAAUUGUUAUUCAGAAAUAUAUUAUUGUUAUUAUUACAUUUUUCCAACAAAUUGUUUGGCUUGCAUAUUCACUCGGGUUACGUUAGGAUAUCAAUGAAUAUAUAUUUGGACUUGUUGUUGGGAGUUUGUGACGUGUCAUUAUAAUGGGGUUUCCUAGCCUUAACAUAUGCGUUAUUAUAAAUUGAAUUGUGAUAACAAAUACAAUAACAGAAUCCCAUAAUGUUAUUCACAUUUUUCAUAUAAAUUUUUGCAUACAUGAAUCGUUGAGACGUUUUAGCUAUUGUUAUAAUAGUAAUUAAAUAAAUAUUUAUAUAAUAUUUUGUUUAUCGAGAAGUUUCUAUGUAAUAGUCGUUUUGCCUUAAAAUCGCGUUAUAUCAGUGUUGGUAAAUAAGUAUGAAAAUUCUUUAAUCUCGUUCACUUAUGUCUCACUCGCCUUCGUGAAGUAGAUACGUUAUAAAGGAAUAUACGCGGGCUUAGCAAGGUAUAUAUAUAUAUAUUUUUUAAAAACCUCCCCCCUCCUGCGAAACUAAAAUCUGCCUACGCCCGUGGGAAUAUUUCACUACUUUUAUGCUACUAGUGUAGAGGUCCUUGGCAGUUGAAUCCGUGGUCGCGACAUGCGUAUGUGUCGAAGAUAUUUAUUUUUAUAGGAAGUAUUUAUUAUAGUAUUUAUUUGAAGUAUUUAUGUCACAGACGGACAGUGUAAACAGCCGUAUUCAUUAUGACUAGCUUUUUCUCCGCAGAAGGUUCGUCACUAACAGACGAAAGGUGUCGAGUUGAUUAGCUCUUGUAGCUAGCUGUGUAGAUUUUAAAUGCGAACCUAACUAAACUUACCGAACCAAAAAUGUUUGAUUUCGUAUCCUCGGCCGCAAUACAAACGGCUACAAAUGUACAACAGCAAUUACUAAUCUACGACAUAUAUAUUUUUGUUAAAUACAUUAGUGGUAUAUAGACGAUAUAGAUAAGGGAUAUUUUCGCUUGAACGUCACUCAACUAUUUUUCAUACUGUUACUACUAUAUACUUAUUCUAUAGUAAUUGUUACAACAAUACAGAUUUUAACUUCACUUAUACUUAUGUAUUUAGAAUAAAAUAAAAUAAAAAGCUUUCGAUGUACACUCGUUGCACGCAAUUUUCGAUCUUAACUAUUUUGUGAAACUGCACAUUUACUAUGGAUAAAUAAAAAAUGUAUUGUGUAUGAUUCAAUUGUAAUAUAUUGAAAUGCUCUAGUGCUAUUGCUUUAUUAUAUUAUAUAAGAUUUAGUCACAAUACAUUGACUAGCUCUGUUAUUUCAGUCUUGUUUUUCAGAUAGAAAAUGCCGCAAAAUGUUUCUCGUUAUUUACGGUAAAUAGUUAAUUAAUUUUAAAGUGAUGAGCAUUCCAAUUUUAGUGUUUUCUGUACUUGUUUAUUUAAUUACGUAGAUUGUGUAUUUUGUAUUAUCCUCAAAAUGGUACUAAAAGCGAAUUGUAAGGUAAUGGAACCGUCUUAAAAUUCAUGCAAUUAAAUACGUUAAAUAUUUGAAAUGAUCAAUUAAAAAUUAACCAACAUUUAAUGACAAUAAUAAAAUAGACGACAUAAUUUAGAAAAAUUUGCUCAUAGUACGAGUCACAAUCUCGGUACGAGCAUUUCUUUUAUUCAAUUGAUUAACGCAACCGGCUCAUGUAGAGCCAUUAAAACUAUUACUUAUGUUUUUUCUCCCUUUAAGAAAUUAACUACACACAGAUACACUUCAAGAGGAGUUAAUUUGUAAUUAACUUCUGUCGAAAAACGUUGUCCUAUCCUGAUGUUAGUUUUGUUAAAGGUAGUUUCUUCGUUUUGUAUGUUAAAUGUCAACGACGGAAUAUAUAUUUUAUCCAUAUGUACUUAUAUUCUUAAAAAAAAUAUUUGAUCGUGAUGAUGUAUUGUAACAUCGGGUAUGCAGUAAAGUGAUAUUGUUAUUUUAGGUGAUGUUAUAUAGUUCAAAGAUUUAUAAUGUUUUGUAGUUGCAUUCAUUCAUCUUGUAUAUUAUGUGUUAUCAAUUUAUCAGUCCAGUCGAAAGCUCUUUGUCAAUUUAGAAAGGGUAUGUAUUUUGUGCUUCAAUAAAUAAAUUUUGAAAUGCA